UGGGACACUGCAGGCCAGGAGAGGUUUCGUACUAUCACCUCCAGUUACUAUCGUGGAGCCCAUGGCAUCAUAGUUGUUUAUGAUGUGACCGACCAAGAGUCCUAUAACAAUGUCAAGCAGUGGCUUCAGGAAAUUGACCGAUAUGCCAGUGAAAAUGUCAAUAAACUUCUGGUGGGCAACAAGUGUGACUUGACGACUAAGAAAGUAGUGGACUACACAACUGCUAAGGAGUUUGCUGACUCUUUGGUGAUCCCCUUUCUGGAGACCAGUGCCAAGAAUGCCACAAACGUAGAGCAGGCUUUCAUGACCAUGGCAGCCGAGAUCAAGAAACGCAUGGGCCCUGGGGCCACAGCCGGCGGGGACAAGCCCAACUUAAAAAUCGAUAGCACCCCCGUCAGGCAGUCUGGAGGGGGCUGCUGUUAAAGGACCUACAACCAUCUCAGUGAUUUCUCUACUCUGUUCCCUCCCAUCACCCGUAGAACUCACACCCCACCAUAUAGCCCACUCCCACUCCCGACUUUCCCCCUGUGACCUGCUCGGACAGAGGUCUAAGCUGCAAAGUCAGAUUGAAUCUGUAUGAGGGUUAAUUCAGACCUGUUUGAUUAGACAGAGGAAAGCAACCAGGAAACACACUGAGACCAUUUUAUCUUUUGCCGUGGAGGCAGAAGGAAAUGAGAUUGGCAUUAAUUUAAAAUGACAUGGAGAUAAAAGAUUAGGUUCAAAUUCAAGUGAGGUUAUUGCUACGAAACACACACACACAGUAGUGAUGGCACGAGUUACAAAAAUUAAAGCCGUUUGGCCAAAUGCAUUUGUCCUUGGGCUCCGUCUGUUUUUACUGAUCUCAGCCCAAACUUCACUCGCUCUGCACACACUCACUACGCUACACACUGUGGAUGACCUGAACUCUGUAGGAUGCUAGCAGUCUAACUGUGACGCAUCGUUGUUAUUCCUGAGGAGGGUCUAGGAUGGAUGGAUGGUCUAGGGAAAGCCCAAUCAGGGAGCCCCUCUCCUUCAUCUGUUUCCUUCCUCUUCUGAGCCACUUUUUUAUAGUGUGUUUAGACAAAAGCAAGGUGAAUGUUUUUAUUAUGUAACUCUUGUUUGAGGAGUCGGCGUUCUUUCGCCUCAGUCAGCCAGUGUACUAAACAUGCAGACGUGUGCUGUGAGCCAGCAGGAAGCAGACCCCACUGACUGUGUCGACCAGAGUCUGCUUCUCUCUCUGUGUGUUGGAACGGUUACAUUUCCCCCCAAAGUUUUUAACUCGAGCACCCGGGUCUGACUUUGCUUCAUCAUGUAUCAUUUAUUGUGUAAUAUAUAGUCACAUGUUCUGUGUGGACACGCCUCGCUCACUCUUUCUCAAACAGACUGGGACUCUCUGCUACGGCCUCCUUAGUGCUGCACUCUGUUUCAUCCAUGUAAAGAGAUGGAAAGUGUUGAUGUGAAAGAUGGCAGGAGGAGAACUUGCUCUCAGUCUCUUUAUAGUGUAAGAGCAAAGUAACUAAGCCUUUGUAGCAGAGGCUAGCACGAUGAACCACAGGGUCACCUGAGCCUGACUCUUACUGUUGUUGUGUUGUUUUUGAUUGGAGUCAAAAAUUCAGAUAUCAAUAAAACCACCAAUAUUUGUAUUUAUCUACAUACAGAAUGUAAGUAUUGAAUAGAAUCAGAGCUGCUCUGCUGGAUAAACUGAUCGCACCAUUUCUAAGUUAUCUCCAGCAUCUUUUUGCUACAUUCUGUAUGGAUGAUAGACUGAACUCGGGCCAUGACGGUGUUUCCCUGACACUGCACAUAGAUGAUGAAGGAUGACUGAGCUGGAGUGAAGAGAUUCACUCAGUCAUGUUUCAUCAAAGCCUGCAGAACUUUUUGUCCCAGGAAAUGUUUUUCAGGGUCUUAAAGGUUCCUUUAGAUUGGAGUUUGUCUGUGUUUCCACUGCAGUCUGGAGCCAGUCAGUCUACUGGAAUGCAAUAAAGAUGAGCAACCAUGUUCUGCUGUCGUGAUCACUGCUCUCUGCGUCGACUGGUCAGUGCUGAGCUACAGAGGCCACUGUGAACAGGGGCAUUAAAGAGCCUUCACAGGACUCUUUUGUGUGGGAGGUUGGACACGUGCUUUAGGACCGCAGUGAAACUGUUUUCAGAGUAAUAUUUUUUGGUAAACAUCACCCCUCACCUCAUUUGCCUGCCACUGCGUCUCUCUUAAUCAACAAAUUGAUUGCAAACAGUAAAAACUUCGGUCCAAUAACAAAGGAGCUACAGAGGAGUGAAAUACUGAAGAGUAAUGAACACAAGAUGUCAAUGUUAAGCAUUACCAGCAUCUCUCUAGAGUUUCUUUGUAAGUGGAUUUUAAGGGGUAAAAAACUAAAUGUCAGCCCUAAUCCCUGCAGUGGAAACUCUAAAGGAACCUGGUUCUGCUGAUAGAAACAGGGCUUUCUUCUGACAACACUGGCAAUAUCCUGCAAUUAUCUUACAAUAAAUUUUCUGUUAGUAUUUUGUUUUAUAUUUCGUUUUGUAUUUUCUAAUUGAGGCCUCUUGUCCGGUUUCAUAACAGCAGAUUUCCUUCUUGUUUGCAGAUGAAGCCGGUGCAGAGAUGUGCUGGUUGAGGCAGUUUUAGGAAACUGAUGUUCUUUGUCUGUUAUGGACCACAUGUUUCAGUCCACGAGUAUGUCUGGUUUUUCAUCAAAUUCUUUAGUGCUCUUCUUUGUGUCUUGUUUGCAUUUGAAUGGGAAUUUGAAUGCCUAAGAAAGCUGUACUUACAUACUGCAGCCAGUUUCAUCUUGUGCCUUGUGUUUGUGGGUGUCUGGAUGUCCAGUGCUUUUGGUUUUAUGGCCAGAUAUGCACUUCCAGUACGGCCUUUAGCCAACGAUGUCAGAGAAAAUUGGUAAACCUCAAGAUCAGUUCAGUCCUGACCUGCUGUCAAAAAAAUGAAGCUCCCCAAAUUCUGGCUCCCUUCUCUCAACCUGGCAGCAUUUGCAGCUCAUGUGAGCACAACUGCUACAUGUAUGAGGACAAACAUCGAAAAAAUGCAGAUACCCCCCAAAACUUGUUGAGUCGUGUGUGUGUGUGUGUGUGUGUGUGUGUGUGUGUGUGUGUGUGUGUGUGUGUGUGCUUUCAGAAAGUUCUAGCUCUGCAUAGAUUUGAAUAAAGCAGGUGUGAUGGUUGCUUCAUGUGUGGCACUAACAUAGGAGCCUCAGUUUGCAGAAGGUGAUUUAGUCUUAAUUGAAUAGAUGCUGAACUAGCAGUCAUGUCAUAAUCAACAUGAUGAUGAUGAUGAUGAUGCACUGAUUAAUUUUUUUAUUAAAUGUUUUCUUUCAUCGAGUCUUAAUAUUCUUCUGAUUUAUAGACAUUUAUAGACACUGAAUCCUGCUCUGCUGUGUAGUCCAUGGAAAUAUAAGGAGACCGUCUUUGUUUCUGAAUGUGAUACAUGUCAAACAUUUCUCUUUAUUUCACUUCCAUUUUGUUUCCUGUGUUAUUUGGACUCAUUUAUUGCUGCUUAGUGGCUUAAUAAAGACACUUGAUGUUUAUUUAUAAAAA